AUGGUGGAUGUGACGCACACAAACUUGAGGGAAUGGCUGCCCACGCUGAAGAGCACCAUCUCCAAAUCGUCGUUUAUAGCAAUCGACUACGAAUUCCUCGGAAUUCCUACCACUGAAGAUGUCGUCUCGCUUUUCGAUUCCCCCGAAACAAGAUACACAAAAUACCUGGAGUCGGUCCGGAAGUUCCCACCGUGCCAGCUGGGCAUCGCCUGCUUUAUGAACAACGAUGAGGGCAGCUAUUGCGCCGAGGUGUUCUCGUUCCCCGUCUUCAAGCGGUUGACCCCAAAAGUGUUCUCCUUCGAGCUGCCGUCGAUGAAAUUUCUCGCUAAGCACAAGUUCGACUUCAACAAGCUAGUGGCCGACGGUGUCUCCUACGCAAACAAAAAUGAUCUGGCUCGAUACAGGAAAGAAAUCGAACGCCAGGAGAUUGACUACGACAUUUUUGCCGACAACCUGGAAUACCGCAUCAAAAUGCUGAAGCUGCACGUGCUCGAGGAGGCCCACAUUCACAAUAACCCGGCGUUCCUGGAGUCGUCAGCGGUGCGCAGAAGAAAGACGGCAUCGAUGGCAGUUGAAGGGCCAUUGAAUCUGGUUGGGCCCAUGCUGAUUCAGCUAUCACCCGAAGGCAUCGUCUACGCGACAGAGGGAAUGGCGCCUGUUAGUGCCCCACUCUGGGAUCGCGAGCUGUCCCCGGUCGAGGCGUCGAUUGUCGUCUACGAGAUGACCCUCCAGUUUCCGAAUUGUGAAUUCCACGUCGACCCCACGAGGACUAUUUUGUAUUGCGCCGAGCAGCAGCGCAUCUUCCGGCGUGGUGAUGUCGGGGAAGAGCGGCUGAGAGUGUUGCUGGAAAAUGUAAUGAUCGAAAUCUCUGGCCUGUCGCAGUUGAUCCACUGGAUGGCCGAGGAAAAGAAGCCGAUCAUCGCCCACAAUUCACUCCUCGACCUGCUCUACACGUAUCACUGCUUCGAGUACGAGCUGCCGGAGGAGUACUCCGCAUGGAAAGGAGCCCUCCAUCGACUUUUCCCCUGCAUCAUCGAUACGAAAAUCAUGGCCGCAUCGCUGCAAGAUCUCCUCCGAAAGCACGGCGUCACCGAUUUCUCGCUGCAAACCCUCGGCAGCUUCUUCCACUCGCCGUCUUGCGGAGAGAUACUGCCCCUCACCGUGUCGUUCACCUCAUACCACUCGCAAUCAGCGUUUACGCCCGAUGAGCACUACCACAACGCGGCCUUCGACGCACUCAUCACCGGCGAGGUCUUCGUCAAGCUGGCCUACCUACAUGCGAUGAAUAGGAACAAGGACAAAUACGCGUUCAACAAGCUGUGGCCCCUCGAGAACCUCAUCUACGUCUGCCGCGCCGAUUUCGCCAACCGUAUCCCCGUCCGGCUGAUGGAUUCGCUGUACUGUAAUUUGAUAGGCUCCGAUCCGGCCGGCGAGCGCCCGCACAUCUUCCGGUUGACGCCGAAACGAGCCGGGCCUGCCUGGGCCCAAUCGAUAGCCCCUGUUCGUUGGAUCGUCACGUUGCUGAGUAAUGAGCCGACACUGAUCAGCGAGCAAGACUACACGACAUUCCGCCACGACGUGCGUAGGCGUUUCGGGUCGACCCGGGUUGAUGCGCGGCUCGCCCCCACGCGGGCAUACAUCGAGAUUGCUACAAAUACGGCUAAUACUUUUGGCCGUGUGUGCUCGUGGUUGGUGACGAUGGAUCAGUACGAUUUGCCGGCCGGCAUCCGCGAACAACAAUAUGAGGAGAGACUCAUCUCUGCCUCAACCUACGCCAGACAGCGGUCCACGAGAAGCCGAAAACCCGAGGAGAGUCACUCGGCCCAACUGCUGUGCAUAUCGGCCAUCUCUGCCCUCAGCGCCCUCGCAGCCAUCGCUGCCUGGCGACAUUUUAAA